CCCUACUUACCGAUCCCCACCCGAACUCGCCUUCCCCUCUUUUCCCGGCACUGAACUCAACCCCGCCGUCCUUCCUCCGCCGCCGCUGCAUCUCCGCCGCCUCCGCUGCUUGGCCCCUCGCAACACCGGUCUUAGAAUUCGAAGCUAUCUGGUGGUUGGGGUCUGGAAUUGAAGAAGGACGGAGGCACGGGGACGCCAGCCGCGGAGGAUUAGGGUUUAAGGGGAGUAGAACAGCGAAGAGGAAUAGGGCUUUGAAUCUUCCCCCUUCUUCCCUAAUUUUUGCCCCCUGUUUGCUUUUCUUUCUACUGAUUGGAUCAGAGGAGGAGGAGAAGAAGAGUGGACACAGAUGGCGGGUGCUUUCCGGCGAUCCCUUGGGUCUCUUCAACUCAUAAUCAAAUCUAAUAUUGGAGAACACUCUUGGCUUUGGAGUGCAAGGACAGAGCUUGUAGCAGGACAUUGCUGCAGCAGUUAUGCCACCAGCACUUUUGGUUUUCAAUCUAGGUAUUCGAAUGAUAGCAGAAUUGUGGAAGAUCAAGUAUUUGAGCAACGUGGUCUGAAAGCAAAGUUUCCAUCAGAGCAUGAUAAUAGUAUGGUCAAUCAGAAACAGAGGAGUGACAUAGAGCCACUACCCAGACAACAAAUUGGGAAGAAUAUUUCAUCAGCGGAGAAAGCAAAGUUCCUCAUUAACACACUUCUUGACCUCAAAAAUUCGAAAGAAGCUGUGUAUGGUACUCUUGAUGCUUGGGUUGCAUGGGAGCAGAACUUUCCUUUAGCCAUGCUGAAGAGGGCACUUAUUGUUCUUGAAAAGCAGGAGCAAUGGCAUCGAGUUGUUCAGGUUGUAAAAUGGAUGCUGAGCAAAGGGCAAGGAACAACUAUGGGAACAUAUGAGCAAUUAAUACGUGCAUUAGAAAAAGACAAUAGGGCAGAGGAAGCUCACAAAAUUUGGGUGAAGAAGAUCGGUCAUGAUCUGCAUUCAGUGCCUUGGCGGUUCUGUGAUCUUAUGCUCUCUAUUUAUUAUCGAAAUAACAUGCUAGAGAGGCUUGUAAAGCUUUUUAAGGGACUUGAAGAAUUUGACCGUAAGCCUCCGAAAAAAUCAAUUGUCCGGAAAGUAGCAGAUGCAUACGAAUUACUUGGCUUAUUAGAAGAAAAGAAUAAAUUACUGGAAAAAUAUAGCCAUUUAUUCAUCAAGUCAUCCGAAGAACGCUCCAGGAAAUCUCAAAAAUCUAAAAAGGCUUCACGGAAGAAUGAUAAGAAAACAGGUACAGAAACAAAUGAGAGUAUAGAAUCUUCAGAUAAAUAGGCCAGUGAGUCUGGACCUACAGACAAUGAUGCUGCUGCUGUUUAGAGUGGAGACGCAAUUAUAAAGUGUUGAGCAACCAACAAUGUCAAAAAGAAGCCGGACAUGACACUCCUUGAUGUGCAUCAGUUGCCUUUUUUCUGAAAAAAUGCUGAAGUUCUUAAUCAUAUGGUCUUCCCCUUUUAUCUCACUCGCUAUUUGAUGAUUGGUCUAUGGAUGUCACUCAUUGGGACGGGAGAAGCAGGUGCUGGAUUCUUUUUGAAGCUGCGCACUUAUUCAUCCCUCCUUUUAAACACAACCACUUGCUGCGUGAUGUAGCCAUGGUAUAGCUUGUAAUAUAGACAGCUGAUAUGUUGGUCGAUAUGUUGGUUCACCCAACAUGGAUCAUCAUCUCCCUGAUGAGAAACAUUGAAACUUCUGCAGUAUCACAUCCCUUUGAUACAAGAAUGACAUAUUAGCAAGGCGUAGGUGAUUACCGGUCAGACCAAAAGUUGCUCUACUUUCAUUUAGGUUACAAAAAUAUUAGUUCUGUUCACAGCACUAGCCAAAAUGGCCUCUUGCGAACAAUUUUGCAUUGCAUGGUUAUAAUGUCACAUUUUUGUUAUACAUGGUGAAGAGAAAACUGAUCCUUAUUUUUAUCAUCUAAGCAAGUACGGUGAAGAUGCUUUCUUCGCAGUGAAUAUUGGAAUUCUUGUAAACAGGACAUCGCCAGUUUAACUCGGGUACAGCAACCCUUUGAAGUGCUGCUAAUUAUUAAACUAUCGUUAUUUGUCUGUAA